GCCCCCGCGGACCCGCGCUCUUGCGCGGCGCGGGCGUGGACGGGGCGGGCACUCGGGCGGGGCGCGCGUCCUCGCGGGUUUGAAUGGAAGGAUCGAGAUCGGUGGAGUCGGCGGCGAGCAGGUCGUGAAGCCAGAACUCCGCCCCGGCCCCCGCGCCAUGCGGCGGGAGAGGUGAGCAGGGGCGCCCGCGCCAUGGGAACGGCGAGGCCGGGGACAAACACCGAGGACGACGAGGCCUGGAGGUGUGGCGCCCCCGGCUCGCGUCCCCGCCAUGGAGGUCCUGCGGCGCUCCUCGGUCUUCGCCGCCGAGAUCAUGGACGCCUUUGACCGCUCUCCCACCGACAAGGAGCUGGUGGCCCAGGCCAAGGCGCUCGGGCGGGAGUUCGUACACUCGCGGCUGCUGCGCGCCGGCCUGGCCUGGAGCGCGCCGGAGCGCGCCGCGCCCCCGGGCGGCCGCCUGGCCGAGGUGUGCGCCGUACUGCUGCGCCUGGGGGAUGAGCUGGAGCUGAUCCGGCCCAGCGUCUACCGCAACGUGGCACGGCAGCUGAACCUCUCCCUGCAGUCCGAGACCGUGGUGACCGACGCCUUUCUGGCUGUGGCCACACAGAUCUUCUCUGCAGGUAUCACGUGGGGCAAGGUGGUGUCACUGUAUGCGGUGGCUGCGGGGCUGGCUGUGGACUGCGUGCGGCAGGCCCAGCCUGCCAUUGUCCACGCCCUCGUGGACUGCCUGGGGGAAUUCGUGCGCAAGACCCUGGCCCCAUGGCUGCGGAGGCGCGGCGGAUGGACUGAUGUCCUCAAGUGCGUGGUCAGCACGGACCCUGGCCUCCGCUCCCACUGGCUGGUGGCUGCGUUCUGCAGCUUUGGCCGCUUCCUGAAGGCUGCCUUCUUCAUGCUGUUGCCGGAGAGAUGAGCUGCUUGCCUGGGCAGUGGCUGCAGCCUGGCCCUCGGGGCUGGCCCAGGAGGCACGGCCCAGAGAGCAUCUCCCUCCUUCCCACCCACUGCUGGGGGGCCUGCCCUGAGCCCCAUCCCUCGCAGACCCAGGCCUGUGGGUAGGGGAGAGGGGAGGGGAUUCUGGGCUGGAGGCGGGUGCUUGGCCUACCUUGUUGUAUGGCCUCUCCUGGCAUCCGCUGUUCCCCUUUGCUGUGGAGCUAGACACUCGGGGCCCACUUCCAGCCCCAGAAGGGAAGGUCAUGGGAGGACAGUCCUCUAACUCAGCCGCCCCUCGCCCCCGCCUCCCCCUACCCACCGUGUUCGGGUCCGCCCCAGGACUCCAGCUG